GCGGUGGGCGCGGGCGGGGGGGGGGGCGCGGAGUGGAGGCGGCGGCGGCGGCGAGAAGAUGGCGACGUCGAACAAUCCGCGCAAAUUCAGCGAGAAGAUCGCGCUGCACACGCAGAAGCAGGCGGAGGAGACGGCGGCCUUCGAGGAGGUCAUGAAGGACCUGAGCCUGACGCGCGCCGCGCGGCUCCAGCUCCAGAAGGCCCAGUACCUGCAGCUGGGGCCCAGUCGCGGCCAGUACUACGGCGGGUCGCUGCCCAACGUGAACCAGCUCGGGAGCAGCGCCGGCGACCUGCCCUUUCAGCCCGACGGAUUUCUGGGGGACGCCCUGGCCGCGGCUCCUGUCUCUCUGACCCCCUUCCAGUCCUCCGGCCUGGACACCAGCCGUACCACGCGCCACCACGGGCUGGUGGACCGAGUGUACCGGGAGCGCGGCCGGCUCGGCUCCCCGCACCGCAGGCCCCUGUCCGUGGACAAGCACGGGAGACAGGCAGACAGCUGCCCCUAUGGCACCGUGUAUCUCUCGCCGCCUGUGGACAGCAGCUGGAGAAGGACCAACUCUGACUCGGCCCUGCACCGGAGCACCACGGCCCCUGCACAGACUGAGCCUUUCAUGGGGGGCUCCCAGGAUGCCCACCAGAAGCGAGUGUUGCUGCUGACCGUGCCUGGGAUGGAGGAGCCGGCGGGCGAGUCGGACAAGAACCACCAGAAACAGACGUGGGAUGGCAAGAAGGCGGGGACCCGGCCCAGGUCCUGUGAGGUCCCCGGAAUCAACAUCUUCCCGUCCCCUGAGCAGGAGAGCCCCGGCAACCUGACGCCCGCUGCCUACAACACAGGGGGCUCCCUGCCCGACCUCACCCACAUCCACUUCCCGCCGCCGCUGCCCACCCCGCUGGACCCCGAGGAGCCCAGUUUCCCCGCGCUCAAUAGCUCGGGCAGCGCCGGCAACUUGGCAGCCAACCUCAUGGGCCUGGGCGGCGCCCCACAGGGCCUGGGCACCCCCAGCAACUCCCCACAACACCGCGCGGCUGGAGUCACCCCACUGCCCAUGAGCACCGAGCCCAGGCGGCCCCCAGCUCCGCCUGGAUCCCCCAGUCUCAACUCGUUGCCGCCCAUCACACAGGCCGCGGCCCGGGACCCUCUGAGCCUGGACCAGCGUCUCCCCUUCACCUUCUUCGCCCAGGCCGGCUCUCCGCCGCCGCCUCAGCCCGCGCCCCCGCCGCCCCCGCCGCCACCACCCACCUCCCAGCCGCCCCCGCCAGCCCCGCAGGUUCCCGGAGCACACCCCGCCGGCGGCCCCCUGCUGCCCAGCGCCAGCCUGACUCGGGGUCCGCCGCUGCCCCCGCUUGUGGUCACAGCCCCGCCCUCUCUCCCCCAGUCGCCCCCAGAGAACCCCGGCCAGACACCGCUGGGCAUCGACCUCGCAUCGGCGCCCGCCCUGCAGCAGUACCGCAGCAGCGCCGGUUCUCCCGCCAAUCAGUCCCCCACCUCUCCAGUCUCCAAUCAAGGCUUCUCUCCCGGUAGCUCCCCUCAACAUACCUCGGCGCUGGCCGGCGUCUUCGCUGACUCCUACUACGAACAGCAGCUGGCAGCCCGGCAGGCAAACGCACUGUCGCACCAGCUCGAGCAGUUCAACAUGCUGGAAAGCACCAUGGGCCCCGGUGGCCUCUACACCGCAGGCUCCGCACUCGGCUAUUCGCAGGCCACCAUGAUGGGGCCCCUGCCCGAUGCCCCGCAGCUCGGCUACCCGGGCCCCAGUGCCAUCCCCAACAUCAUCCUCACAGUGACGGGCGAGUCCCCGCCCAGCCUGUCCAAAGAGCUGAGCGCGUCCCUGGUGGGCCUGAACGACGUGGCCUUCGACAACGACACCCACUUCCCGCUGGACGAGCUGAAGAUCGACCCGCUCACCCUGGACGGGCUGCACAUGCUCAACGACCCCGACAUGGUCUUGGCCGACCCGGCCACGGAGGACACGUUCCGGAUGGACCGGCUGUGAGCCCGACCCGGCCUGCCUCGCCGUCCCCCGUCCCCACCCGCGGGCCUGGGCGGCGCCCUCGGACUGUUGCCAGCUUUACUGCCCGCGCCCCGCGCCCGUGCACAGGGCAGCAUCCCGGGGGGCGCCAGAGCCUCCCGGCGGUGGAGGAGGAGAGGGGAGGAGGAGAAGGAGGGGGCGACGCCUUGCUGCCCCUGGGCCCCCCGCAUUUCUGUUCCAUGCCCCCCGACUGGGAUUUCAGGAAAGGGGGUGAUGGUAGUGGCGGUGGGCGGCCACCGGGCCCCUCUCGCCGUGGUUUUUCAUUUGUGGGGUGACCACACCGUAGGGUAGGGGGUUCCCUGGGGGCGGGGGGGCGCCGCACCCCUGCAGCCCGCUGCCUGUUAGCAUGUUGUACCCCAGCAACGCACCUCCUUCCCCAGGCCACAGGCUUUCGGAUCAAACUGGAAGGGGAGGCCGGGCCCGCCGGCCUGAAGUAGUCUUCUUGGGUCUCCCCAAGUCGCUUCUGGCUCGGUUCACUCCUCCCCACGGUGGCUGCCAGUGCCAGAAACAGGCCGCCCCAUGCCCCACCUGCUGGGUGAGGGGUCCCCAGGGUCAUCUAAGGCUCCGAUCCCAUAUCUGGGCCACGUUGAAGCGGGAAGUCCCUCUGGGUGGCGCUUCCAGCCCCGCUGCCCCCGGGAGUGACCCCAGCUCUGUGCCAGACACUCAGUUUGAACACACCUGGGCUUGGCUGUGUGCGGAAGGGGUCCCACCGUCUGGGUGGGGGCGCCAAGCCGCCCGGCGGGGCUGAGGGGAGCCCCGUUUUCUUUCUUUUUUUUUUUAAAGAGAAACUCCGUGUACAUAGAAGUUUGAUUACAUCCGACUUGUACCUAGAUCUUUUUUAAAAAUGGCCUUAAUAAAACGACGGGCAACCUCCCGGACACGGCAGAGGCUAGCAGGGUGGCCCCCCUUAGACCCCCGCAACCCCGCGGGGAGGGGAGAGGCGGCUGGGCCACUGUCCAGAGCCUUGCGGGGAUUCAGGAGUGAGGGGGGUAAAGAAGGCCAGAGGCCCCCCCUUGUCCAUGCCCGGCUGGCCUGCAGGAUUUUCCCUUGUUUCCCCCAACACAUUUUUGCAUCGCCAAGACAAGUUCCCUUGCCUGGAGCAGCCCCGCGCGUGGCUUGGCCCUCUGAUUUGUGAAAUACUGUGAUUUCGAGGCAAGUCGUGCUGGGGGGGCUGGGGGCCCCCAAUUGUACAUAGACCCACUGAAGCCUGCAUCCCGCUCCCUCACUCCUGGGUCACGGGGGGUGCCGAAUCCCCCCAUAGGCCAGAGAGGGGCUGCCCUUGUGCCUCGGUUUACCUCUGCUCUGUGUCCCAAGGAAGGAGCCAGGCCAGGCUCCAGCAUGGGGAGGAGACUGGGGAGGCAGGUCUCAUCUUACUGGGACGACCUCCUCAUGUGCUCAUCAGGGUGCCCUGAAAGUCCCACCCCAAGAUGCCCCCCACCCUCCACACACACCCAGGAAGCUCAGGGGGGUAUGUUGACCCCUCCGCCUAAAUUUUGGGGUCCCCCAGCCGGCAGCAUGCAGACAAUGGCUGGGCCCCCUCUGGGUACACGUGCAUGCCAGAAGGCGCCUUUUUUGGGGUGAUGCCACCCCAGCCCUCGACCUGGUCUUGGGUCUGCCUGGGAUGCUUGCCCCUCUCAGCUCCCACACCUGCUCUCCCCCUCCCCGUGCUCCCUUUUUCCUUGCAGAACCUGCUGGAAGGGUUUCAGGUCUGGGCCUAGGCCGCUGAGUUAGCACUUGACGCUCAACCAACCUCUUGAGGUGGCGAGAGGGGGUAACUUCUACCCACGUGUGGGGCGCCACCAGGGCUGUUGCCUGCCUGUCCGUGUGUCCAUCCACCCAGGCCGACCUGGACUCAGGGAAGUGGGAACAGACCUGAUAUGCGGGGGUGGCCCUAGUCCUCAUCACCUGCGGCCACUGAGCACUGUUGGGGAGUGUCUGUGUGAAGGACCCCCCACUUUGGGCUGGUUUGCAGCCAAAUUUUCUCUUCCCGGGUCACAGUGGCACCAAAGAAAGCAACCCCCCUGCCGCGCUUCGGCCCAUGGCCGAGCCAGUGUGUGUGGCAAGGGGGGCCCUGCCGUACCUUCACCCCCGACCUUCACCCUUGCUGGGUCUUGUAGAACCGAAGCCGGUGGUCUGAAGACUCGGCCUGGGCUCGGGGGUGACCAGCAGAACUGGAGAGGCCGAUUGGGAUGUAGGGAGGAGACGGCUGGGCUUUCUGCCCCCUCCAUUCUGGGGACUCCGUGUGCCACAAGCAGCAGCCACUGUUCCGCCCCUCCGUCCCCGCCGUGAGGCUGGAGCUGGAGCCAGCAGGCCUGCAGCCCAGCAGCCCAGCUCUGGGCUAAGCCUCCAGGGAAAGGUGCGCUUGGGGAGGGGGUUGUGCCCUGCAGUGUGGGGCCCGUUGGUGCCCAGCCCUCCUGUCGCUUGUGACCUCUUGCCUGCCCGAGGAGGGGGCCAGGGAGCCGCGGAAGCCUGGAGCCGGCUUCACCUCUGACAUAUGCAAACGCGCCGUUCGUCUGUCCGGCCGCGCCCCGGCAUGUCCAUCCGCUGUGGCCGCCCCCGCGUGCGGGACGGCGGCGGGCAGGGCGAGCAGCUCAGGGCCCCUUUGGCCGGCCCCUGCCCGUCCUCUCUGACCUGGACGCUUUUUCUUUGUACCUUUGCACCCUUUGUAAGGAAAUGUAAUAAAAGCCCCAUGUUUUUG